AUGUCAGACAUGCCCGCAGCCACGCUACAAGAACCCUUGAUGGGCAACUCCGCCGCGAUGGGCGGGUCCGUGUUCGCCCCGAGAUCUCCGGAGGACGAUGUCAUCCCCACGGCCAUCGUCAUCAAAAACAUCCCGUUCGCCAUCAAGAAGGAGCAGCUGCUCGAGGUCAUCGCCAAGAUGGACCUACCCCUGCCCUACGCGUUCAACUACCACUUCGACAACGGCGUAUUCCGCGGUCUCGCCUUCGCCAACUUCGCCACCACGGACGAGACCACACAGGUGGUCCACUCGCUGAACGGCAAGGAGAUAGGCGGCCGCAAGCUGCGUGUCGAGUACAAGAAAAUGCUGCCUCAGGCCGAGCGCGAACGCAUUGAGCGCGAGAAGCGUGAGAAACGAGGGCAGCUCGAAGAGCAGCAUCGCGCCACGUCGGCCCUCUCGCUCCACUCGCUUAACAAGUCUCCCAACGUGGCAAGCGGCCCCGCAGCCGCCGCCGGCAGCAACGCCAACACCAACGAGACCGCGGGAGGCGCGGCGGCUGGCUCAGCGGCCGCCAGCACCAGCGGUCCAACGCAAAGCGCCUCGCAGGCUCUCUCGAACCCUGCCAGUUCGCAGAUGUUCAACGACUUUGGCAGCAGCGGCGGUGCCAAUGCCACAGGCGGCCCUAUAAACAGUGUUCUCUCAUCGCAACCUGCCAUGAGUUCCCAGCCGCUUCUCUCGGCCCAGAACACCGCCACCUCGAUGGUUCUGCCACCUGCCCUGCCAGUCGGCUCCUCAGAGCGUUACUACGCGCCCCUCCCGGCGUCCAACAAUUUGCCUCUGCCACCACAGCAGCUGGACUUCAACGACCCGGACACCCUCGAGCUCUACUCGCAGCUUUUGCUCUUCAAGGACCGCGAGAAGGCCUACCACGAGCUGGCGUACCCGGUGGGACUCUCCGCUUCCCACAAACGCGUCAUCAACGUUUUGUGCUCCUUCCUGGGUUUGGUGGAGGUUUACGACCCUAGCUUCAUCAUUAUCCGCCGCAAAGUUCUCGACCAUGCCGCGCUGCAGUCACAUCUGCAGCAGGAAGGUCAGUUGUCGUUGAUGCAGCCGCUGCAGCCUAGUUCCACUGGCGGCUCUGGCAUGUCACGCUCGCAUUCCUACACUUCGUUGUUGCAAGCCCAUGCCACGGCCGCGGCUGCGGCUGUGAACAGCGUUGGCGGCCAGUCCCAACACAUUCCACCACCUUCUCAGUCCCCACUUCUGCAGCCCACAGCGAUUCACCAGAUGGAGUCUCAGCACCAGCAGCAACAGUCGCUUCUGAGACAGCAAGCCACCCAGACGCCAUCGUCCUCCAUCCUCCAGAAUAGAAUCCCCACCGGUUAUGCCACAAAGCAUACCACGCCUUCUGGCAUGAACAACCCGCUGCUGAGAAACGCCGGGGUUUCGCCCACGACGGGCCAGGUCCAACCUAACACCGUGCAGCGGAUGCCCUCCUUCUACUCCCAGGCUCCUUCCACCCCCAACUUGAGCGACAAUCGCUACGGCAGCACCCAAAACCUUGUUCCACAGCACACCAACGGCAGCGUGCACUCCAAUUACUCAGUGCACUCCUUCCAUGACCCCUCUGCCGCGGACCCCCAGAACCACGCCAUGAUGUACAGUUCCGUGUCUCAAUUGGGAAUUGGGCCGGAGUUGGAGGGCGACCUCAGCCGCUCCCUCAGUGGACUUGAUCUACAGGGAAAGAAAAAUCUCUGGGGAUGA